AUGUCUUCAAAGCUCAUACAGUUCAACAAGAAAACCAAGAUCGUUUCCCGCCCAACUACCCUCGACUACGCAGGAUGGACGAAAGAGAACGCUGCACCGCCGGAUGUCGACUCCAUAUCCCGCAUAUUCCGGACGGAAGGUGUGCGGCUCACCGCCUCUGCAUGCAAAGAGGCUAUGCGAGAAGCUUGCCUUGAGCCCGGCGACAUAACGCACACGGUAGCCGUGACUUGCACUGAUCAGAGUAAUCCUGGCUAUGAUCUCUUCGUAUGCCAGGAGCUUGGACUUCGUCCGAGCGUACAACGAGUGCUACUCCAUGGCGUGGGGUGUGCAGGUGGUCUAUCCGCACUUCGCACAGCUGCUAGCAUCGCCGCUGCGGCAUCACAAAGAGGACGACCCGCCCGCGUAUUGGUGAUGGCGUGUGAGCUAUGCACUCUCUCUAUUCAGGCAGAGGUUCAAGCUGCUUGUAUAGAGGACAAGCUGCGCGUAGCUCCAGCGCUAUUUUCCGAUGGCGCAGCGGCGCUAGCAGUAUGCAACGGUCUUGCGCUGGAAGACAAGCAAAAGCCAGUGUUCGAGCUGAAAGAAUGGGACAGUAUAGUUGUGCCGGGUACUUCGAGCUAUAUCUCGUACGAUAUCGAGAAGAAUGGUAUGUUUCUGUAA